AUGGAUCAAACCCCUCAAAAAGUCUCUGACGGAGACAUCGGAACCAAAAGUCCCAACGGGUCGAACGGGGUUGGUUCAUCAACGACGCCCCGGUCAGCUUCUCAUCAGGUUCCUCCAUAUCGGGUUGGGACCACGGAGCCCGGAGGUCCACUUUCUAGAUCUCAGUCGAAGCUCGAGGCCCGAGACUACCAUGAAGGAAACAAGUUCCCUCGGCUAUCCCGCCCUGUCGAGCUUUUGCGACAUGGCUACGACGUCGUCGUGAUUGGAUCCGGAUAUGGAGGAGGAGUCGCAGCAUCCCGGAUGGCGCGCGCCGGUCAAUCUGUCUGUGUUCUGGAGCGUGGGAACGAGAGAUGGCCGGGUGAAUACCCUUCAACUCUGGCGGAGGCUAGCCCAGAAAUCAGCGUGUCUGGACUUUUUGCUCCUGAGGACAAACCGGGAGUGCCAGUGCAGGUUGGAGAUCCGACGAAGCUCUAUCAGCUCAUCAUGGGAGCCGGUCAAAAUGCAUUUGUUGCCAGUGGUCUCGGGGGCACAAGUCUCUUAAACGCCAACGUAUUUCUGAAAGCCGACGACGGAGCCAUGAGUCUUCCGGAAUGGCCAGACAAUCUCCGGAAACCCGGGGCUUUGGAUGAAUACCACAAACGCGCUGCUCAGAUGCUUCAACCGGAAACAUAUCCAGAAGAUUUCCCUCCUCUGGCAAAGCUUGACCUCUUGAAGAAGCAGGCGGAGCUCUUGGGCCUCGAGAAGAAUUUCAAACGAGUCCCGCAAACAACGCGGUUUGAGAAUGGACCAAACUAUGCUGGCGUUCAAAUGCAAGCCAGUGCCCUCACUGGCAUGGAUAGUACGGGUGUCAACGAUGGGAGUAAAUCCUCAACCCUCGUCACCUAUCUUGCUGAUGCAUGGAAUUGGGGAGCCGAGAUCUUUUGCGAAUGCGAAGCUCGAUGUAUCAAGAAACAUCCCACACAAGAAGGUUAUCUCAUAUACUUUGCAUGGCACGGGAGCAAGCGAGGUUUGUUCAAGCAAAACAUCUAUCGUGAUCUCAUGUGGGUGCAUGCAAAGAAAUUCGUGUUUCUCGGUGCUGGUGCCCUAGGAACCUCCGAGAUUCUCCUUCGAAGCAAAGCUCUUGGACUGAAGAUGAGUGAUCGCGUGGGUAAGGACAUGAGCGGGAAUGGCGAUAUCCUAGCUUUUGGAUACAACACCGACUACGAGGCCAACGGUCUAGGACGAGUCUCUCCAAACCCCGACCGACCCAUCGGCCCGACCAUUACGGGAGUCAUUGACUGUCGUCAGCAACUAAACCCACUGGACGGUUUCGUCAUCGAAGAAGGUGCCAUUACGGAGGCUUUGGUCCCCGUGCUUCAAAAAUUGCUGGAAUCUCUCCCAGGAAAGAUCUUCCCGGAAAAAUACACCAUCAAAAAUAGGUUGCGCCAUUUGAUUUCUCGUCAACAAAGCCGACUCGCUCCAUACGCGCCAAUGGGUAGUCUAGAGAGGACGCAAACAUAUCUCAUCAUGUCCCAUGACAGCAACCAAGCAGUGAUGAGAUUGGGAGAAAAUGACAAACCUACUUUGACCUUUCUCGGAGUCGGGAGAAGUGACCAUGUGAAAUAUCUCAACGGGAUUCUUGCCAAGGCCACCAAUGCGGUCGGAGGAACCUAUAUCAACUCUCCCUUUUUCGCAGCUCUCGGAGAGCAAGAGAUCACGGUGCAUAUCAUGGGGGGAGCAACAAUCAGCAGCGACGGUACUGGCGUCAAUGGGGCAACGGAUGAAUUUGGUCGACUGUUUCGAGGACCCGGGAAAGACGUUCACGAUGGGAUUGUCGUUGUAGAUGGUGCGGCCCUUCCAACAGCUCUUGGAGUCAACCCAUUUGCAACCAUUACUGCACUCGCAGAACGAUCUGUGGAAGAAGCGGCCCGAGUCGAAAAUCUCAUGAUCGACUUGGUCACUCAGAAUGGGACAUUGAACCUGUUCGGACGACCGGCACAUGCGCAUCCUAUGAACAAGGAACUCCGUCACGCAGAAAGAACAAUUCACAUGGCCAUGGACUCCGAGGCCGAAGGCAUUGAGUUCACCGAAGUUAUGUCCGGUUAUAUCAACACCGAAGAUCAAGUGGACACCGGGAAUGAGGCGUCUGAUUUCACUAUCGCCACCGCUGCAGCCCAAGCGGCAGGAAGCACUGCCAGAUUCUUUCUGAGUUGUCAUGCCUGGGAUACUGAUGAAUUGAUUGGCCGAUCAGACCACCCGGCGAUGCUUACCGGCACAUUUACAUGUGCGGGCCUUCCAGGGUCGCCUUUCAUGGUUCUACGAGGUGAAUUCAACCUUUUCAAUCAAGACAAACGGACACCGGAUACCACCAAUCUCACCUAUGACUUUGACAUGGUGUCUACCCGAGGAGAGGUGAUCCACUUCCAUGGAUACAAAAUCGUUGACCGUUCCGUCGCUUUCAAGCCUUGGUCUACAUGGAAAGCCACUUCUACACUCUACGUGACUCUUACCCAGGGAAGCCAAGUCAAAGGAAAGGGGACGUUACACAUCGAUCCCCAAGACUUUGCAUCUGAAUUGUCAACUUUCACCCCUCAUGGGCCGACGAUCCUAUCCAAGGCAUUUUCCACCGGCAAAUUCUUGACCUUCUUCACACAACAAGUCUUGGUCAACUUUCUCGGCCCAUGGGGCCGAAUGCAGUUUCCAACCACCACCUAUCAGGGCUAUGAAGUGAACAAGAAGCCGCCUAUUGAGACCAUAAAAAUUACUUCUGUUGACAACGUCGUCUCCACCUUACAGCGAUGGGCGCCGACUUCCACGUCUUCCACUGGUCGAAAAGUUCUGUUUAUUCCCGGUGCAUCGGUUGACCAUCAGAUUUUUGCUCUUCCAACCAUCGAGACGAAUGCAGUAGAAUACUUCCAAACCGCAGGAUACGAGGUCUUCUGCAUCACACAUCGUGUCGGCAAGACCCCCAAUGCUCAGCGUGGAUACACCACCUACGACGCCAGACUCGAUAUCCAAGCUGUGUUUGAAGAAAUUCACCGGAUCCAAGGUUCAGACAAGCCCAUAUAUGUGAUCGCCCAUUGUGCCGGGUCCGUCGCAUUAUCUGCCGGACUCCUGGAUGGAAAUAUCGAUUCGAAAUGGAUCAGUGGAUUGACAGCAUCGCAAGUCUUCUUCAACCCGAUGUUUGGGACAAUCAACAAGAUCAAAGCAUUUUUACCGAUUCCCCUGACCCAGAUUUACAAGUUGCUGGCCGGAAAUUGGUUCUCAUGUAUCUCCACAGAGCACGACUCUUUGGUCCAACGGCUCUUGAAUCAAGUGGUUCGAUUGUAUCCCGUCGGCUCACCGAAAGAGCUAUGUAAUAGUGUUGUCUGUCACCGAUCCGAGCUUGUUUUCGGAAGACUCUGGUCUCACAAACGUCUAAACGCCGCUACUCACGAGAACUUGUCCAAAUUCCUCGGUGGGGUGAGCAUGAAUUCGCUCUCUCAGCUCAUGUACCAAGGCAUCCAUGGACAUGUGACGAACAACAUGUCAGAGUCGCUUGUCACAACGCCGAAUCUGCAACGACUGAAAGGUCUUCCAAUCUUGUUUAUCUCCGGAGCAGAUAAUGUGGUGUACACGCCAGAGAACACGGAUAAAUCGUACACGACAAUGACUACGACAUUCGGUCAGAAGGAAUACCAACGAGAACUCUUUCCCGGGUACGGGCAUUUGGAUUGUUGGAUGGGCGCUGAGGCGGUGAAGGAUGUUUAUCCCACUGUACUUGCUCAUGCGGAGAAGAUUUUCCACCAGACUAACGAGAUCUACGUGUGA